AAAUCUCUCGAGGCCGGCUACUUCCCACCUGUACUACCGCGAUGACAUUCGCAAAUUAAUAUUCUGCAUUUCAUAGCGACACUAUGAUACCUAUACGGCGCUUUGUAGGCCUCAGAACAGCGGCCCGUAUUCAAUUGCCGCCUGUAUCUGCGUCGUGGUCACGUCAGAGCUAUGCGACGCGCGCACCACCACCACCACCGUUUCAGACGGUAGAGACAUGUCCUUCGCCGACGUGCCGCUGCGCUGCGAUGCCAGAAUUCCCCGAUGGACUGGAUAUCGACCAGAAGAGCAACUUGAAUGGUGUGAUAUCGGGAUACGCAGAGCAAGUUCUCAUCUGCACUGGCAAGGACGACUGGACUUCCAAGAUUGAAGAUGAGAACAGCGGCGACAAUCUCGCAGCGGACCUGAAGGAGCUCUUUGGUAGAGGAGGCAAAUACACCGAUCCCUUUCACAAUGUCUCCGUCCUAAACGCCUCAAUGCCUAGCACGCCAUCACCCAGAGAAGGGCUGCAAUCAUCUUCAGCAUAUCUAUUCCCGAGCUUCAAGUAUAUUCCACAUCUUCCAAGAGUUUCAUUCGAGCAUGUGGACGCUCUAGCAAAAGCCUACAUCCUUCCGGAAAAGCUGCAUUCGGCCCACGACGGUCUAUCGCCAAUCCAUCGCGAUCGAUUGACUCGCUCAGAGGCCUAUCAGAACUUACUUGUCGGUGUACAAGAUGUACAAGAUGUCCUCGUCCUAAUCUGUGGUCACGGGGGCCGAGACGCCCGAUGCGGUAUCAUUGGCCCAGUUCUGCGUGACGAAUUUGAGGCUAAGCUAGCAUCUCAAGGUUUCGACGUUCUUCUAGGCCCAGUUCAAGUUGGCAACGACGGACUUCAUAAAAUAGAGGGAGAAGAGAGCCAUACAGAAAGGAAACCAGCAGCACGUGUUGGUCUGAUUAGCCAUAUUGGCGGCCACAAGUUUGCUGGCAACGUCAUUGUCUAUAUACCCCCAACCAUGAAGACACCAGCGGGCGAGAAGCACCCGCUUGCUGGCCAUGGUAUUUGGUACGGAAGAGUCGAGCCACAGAAUGUAGAGGGACUUGUGGCAGAGACGGUUAUGAAAGGGAAUGUCGUGGCAGAAAAGUUUCGAGGCGGCAUUGAUAGCCAACGACGCAUUUUAAGGAUAUAACGGCACAUGUGGGAACUUCCUGUAUAUUAUCAUAUUACCAAAGUAAACUGUACUAUAUAAAUAGACAUUCACAAUUUAUCCUC